UCUGUUGCGUGUGUAACUGCCAACUGCCCUCGACCCGCCGCUUCCGUCCCCCCGUCCCCCGCCGAGUCCCGACCGACGGAGAUGGCGGUCCCGGGAGGAGGAGCCGCCGCCGCCGCGCUCGCCCUGACCCUCCUACUCCGCUACUGCGUUCCCGGCGGGGCCUACGGCUCCCCGGCGUCCUCCACCCUCCGCCACGCCGUGCCGCGCGGCGACGCCGGCGGCGGACUCUGCGGGCAGCUGCUCCUACCACUGGGCUACCCGUGCACCGAGCACACCGUUGAAACAAACGAUGGCUUUCUUCUGUCUCUUCAGCAUAUUCCACAUGGCAAAAAUGGAGUUGCAGACAAUACUGGACCUCCAGUUUUUCUUCAACAUGGUCUUUUUCAGGGAGGAGACACAUGGUUCAUAAAUUCUGCUGAACAGUCGCUUGGAUAUAUCCUUGCUGAUAAUGGUUUCGAUGUUUGGAUUGGAAAUGUUCGUGGAACACGUUGGAGUAAAGGCCAUUCAACUUUCACUGUUCAUGAUAAGCUUUUCUGGGAUUGGAGCUGGCAAGAGCUUGCUGAAUAUGAUCUUCUGGCAAUGUUAAGCUACGUGUAUACAGUUAGGCAGUCCAAAAUUUUGUAUGUGGGGCAUUCACAGGGAACUAUUAUGGGUUUGGCUGCUUUUACAUUACCUGAAAUCACAAAGAUGAUUAGCGCUGCUGCACUUCUUUGUCCAAUUUCUUACCUUGAUCAUGUUAGUGCUAGUUUUGUUCUCAGAGCAGUUGGCAUGCAUCUUGACCAGAUGCUUCUUACCAUGGGCUUCCAUCAGCUGAACUUCCGGAGCGCUAUGGGAGUUCAAAUAGUAGAUUCUAUAUGCGAUGAUGGACAUGUGGACUGCAACGAUUUGCUGUCUUCGAUAACAGGGGAAAAUUGUUGCUUCAAUGGAUCACGGAUUGACCAUUACUUGGAGUACGAACCUCAUCCAUCAUCAACUAAAAACUUGCAUCAUCUUUUUCAGAUGAUCAGGAAAGGCACUUUCGCAAGGUACGACUAUGGAUUGUGGGGAAACCUAAGGCGCUACGGUGGGCUGUCGCCCCCUCCGUUUGACCUAAGCAGCAUACCGGAAUCACUGCCAAUGUGGAUGGGGUACGGUGGUCUUGAUGAAUUGGCCGAUGUCACUGAUGUCGCGCGUACCAUCAAAGAGCUGAGAUCUACACCAGAGCUGCUAUACAUUGCUGGCUAUGGCCACAUUGAUUUCGUCAUGAGCGUGAAGGCCAAAGAUGAUGUUUAUGUCGACAUGAUGCGGUUCCUUCGCCUCAGGGCAAAAGGAUCAUUGCAUAGUAGCUACUAGGACGUGUCCUGCACGCGCGUGUGUGUAUAAUACAUAUGUACAGUCUUCUUUUCUGGAUUUACGACUGACGGUGCCAUUCUUUAUGUAUAUUAUGAGAUUGUACGUCUCAAGAGAUAAAUGUAGGAGUAGUACGGUAUGGAACUGUAUAUAAGCUUGCUGGGUUGUGCAA